AUGUUAGUUACCAGAGGAGUGGUGGUUGAUUGGGAGUGCUUCAAGAGGGUGUUUCUCGAGAAGUAUUUCCUAGAGAGUGUGAGACAUGCCAAGGAGGCUAUUUCUGAGGCUUGGAAGUGUAGAAAAUGUGUUGAAGGUUUGAAGCAGGAGUUGAAGAGGGUGGUGGUGCCUAUGGCCAUCACUGAGUUUCCGGUCUUAGUUGAAAAGGCGAAAGUUGUUGAGCAAUUGGAAGGUGGCAUCCGGGUGGUGAAGAAUGUUGAGGGACCAGCUGGGUCCAAGAAAGGUGGGGGUCAGAGGAAGCCUUAUAAUAGGCCCCAAUCACAACAAGGGGGUCCUGUCACAAGGAAACUUACUAACACAGCUAGAGGUGGGAAUCAGAGUGGAGGUGUCACUCUCAGAUGUUAUAGAUGUGGUGGACCCCACUUCAUUCAGGAUUGCCAUCAUACUGAGAGUAGGUGUUUCAGGUGUGGCCAAAUAGGUCACGAGUCGACCAGUUGUCCUGCCAGAGCCAGACAGACUAGGGGUGCUUCGAGAGGGUUGAGACUACUUGUGUCGACGCCCGCUUCUGCUUCUGUUGUUGCUUCUGAGAUGUGUGUUGGUUGUCCUUUAGAGGUGGGUGAAAGGAAAUAUAAGGUAAACUUGAUUUGUUUGCCUUUAGUAGAUAUUGACAUAAUAUUAGGGAUGGUUUGGUUGUCUGCCAAUCACAUCCUUAUAGAUUGUGCCAAUAGGGAGUUGGUUUUUCCUCAAGUGGAGGAUGAGUUGUUGAUUUCAGCUAGUUAA